CCCAUUCUCCACCAAAAGCUUUCUGGAGGAAGACUCUCCAGUAAGGGUAAUUUGUCAUGCCGUUUACUUUGGGCAGUAUUUCGACAUUAAAACGACAGAAGUUCGCACCACACUCAACAACAACGGUAGCUCUCCAAACAGCUCCUCAUGAUAUGAUAAGCUUUGCAUCAUGCCACUAGGCGCUCCAGUCCAAACAAAGGCAAUCAAAUGACCAGUGAGUUUCGUGUGAAGCCCCCCUGAAGCAGAACCAGCAAUUCUGUCCAAUAAUAGAACGGGUCCUGCCACUCAGAAACUGUGUACUGCUGAUUAAUACCUCGCACAACUUGUUAGAUAUUGCUGGGAAGCACAAAGAAAACAUCUUGAUCUCUUACCCCACUACAACUUGGAGGACUGUUGAUUGGUUUCCCCUCAUUUAUGGGAACGGAUAAGAUAUAUCCUUUCUCACUAACAGUAUGGCUAUUCUGUUUGAUGGUUUCCAAUUGCGACCACAAUUCAUUGGACUUGACCAAAUAGUCAUAAAUUCGGGUAAAUCUGUUUUAGGUAUUUCAUCAAACAGUUUAUGUGCUUUAUAUAUAUAUAUAUAUAAGCUGCUGCCUCUGCUUUGCUCUCAUUCACAAAUCACACUCAAUUUUAAUGGCUACACAAGAAGAGUCCUUGACUUUAGAACUUAUCCGAGAACACCUUCUUGGGGACUUUACUUCUUCCUCCAUUGAUGUUUUCCUCAGCAAUCUUGACUUCGCUGUCUCCGAUAUGGUUGAGAACUGCUUAUCGGAAUCUGAGUCCAGCUCACCCAGUUCAUACACAGAAUCACAUACCCUUGGAAAUUGCAGCUUUGAAGUGAAACCGGAAAUCCUCGACCUGACAGAACCUGUAGGUUCAGUCAACCCGGUGAUCCCGCCAGAACCAGAGUUGGAUCGGGAGGUGAUUGGUGAUCAGGAGGAGGGCAAGCGUUACAGAGGGGUCCGAAGAAGGCCAUGGGGAAAGUUUGCGGCGGAGAUCCGAGACCCGAGCCGGAAAGGCAGUCGGGUAUGGCUGGGGACUUUUGAUAGCGACGUCGAUGCCGCUAGGGCUUAUGAUUGUGCAGCAUUCAGAAUGAGGGGUCGUAAAGCAAUCCUCAAUUUUCCAUCGGAAGCCGGAAAAUCUGCUCCACCGGCGAACACUGGCCGGAAGAGGAGGAGAGAGAAGAUAGCGGAGUCGCCGGUAACUCAAGACUCUUCAUCGGAGAACUGGAAUGUGAGGUGGGAGGGAAAGGUAGAAGAUGAUGCGUUGGAGGAGGAUCAACGGCCACAGUGAAACGAAAAUCGAUUUGAUGACGUGUGAAGUAAUUACUGGGGGAGGAACAUGGGGCCCACAGCAUAACCACCGUGGAUCAUGUGUUAGAAGUUAGAACAUCCUGCCUAUUAUGUUAUGUUAUGCAUGUGUAUAAUAUUGAAAAAGUGACAAAUCUACUGUAACAUGUGCAGUGUUUAUCAGAUAUUUCUCCCAUGAAAUUAAUGUAAAUGUAAGAGUUUGUAAACAUUCUACAUGAAUAAUGAACUUCCCAACUAGCCAGUUCAUUGGACUGAAAUCUA